AGAGGCCCUCUGUUCCUUACUGCUCCGUCCACGGUGACGUGGAAUUGGGUCACCUGGUUACUCUGACCUGCCACAGUGAGCAUGGGAGCCCGAAGCCGACGUACACCUGGACCAGACUGGAUCAGGCUAAGACCAGGAGGCCUGUACUGGGAAGAGUAACCCCAACUGGAGUACUGAAAAUUGGAAACAUAUCCCAGUUUCAGUUUGGGGAGUACCAGUGCAAUGCUACAAAUGCAGUGGGAUCUGCAUCUUGCAUUGUGGAACUGAGUGCUGAAGUGAGCGAUGGAGUGAUCGCUGGUGCAGUGAUCGGCGCGUUGCUCGGGUGUGUACUGAUCCUCCUGGUUGUGUGGUUCAUCGCUCACACUGUGAAGAAACACAAAUACAAAGAGGUCAAAGUAUCAGAGGCCAACGAGAUGAAGAGGAGCUCUCCUCAGGCCCAGGAAGCCUCAGAGAGUUUUCCCGUGGCAACCACAGCUGGCAGCCUCCAUGCUGAGGCAGAAGAGCAACAAGCCUAAAAAAAAAAAAAAAGGGGCGGCUGAAAACAACUGGAGCAACGUCACUCCUCUGAACAAUAGGAUGUUCAGUCUUCACUAUAUGUCACUCUCAGAUUUAAUCAAUAUGGCAGAGCUCAUGUUCAGGUUCUGCAUUUUGUUACUUGUUUUCUAAAUCAGAGUUUUUAUGCUUACCAUCAAUCCAGCCUUUAACAGCUUUUUUUCAUGUGUCAGUUUUUUAACAUAAAAUUAGCUUGAAUGUUUGCAGUGCUUUUGUUUUUUGAAACCAUGUUGAUGAGCCCAGGAUUGGAUAUACAAGCUACAUAAUAUUAAAACAAAUACUUGAAUUUAUUGUUUGAAAUAGGACAAAAAAAAAAAAACAGGUUGUUGCGGGUAGAAUCUGCAUCAUGCAUCAGUACAAUCACCUUUAUUAAGAUAAUAUUGUGUAAAAUAAAAUAUCUUAAAGGAGCUCUAUACAACAUUCAGAGCAUUUCUAUGAUACAGGUCAGGAUUGUUUGCUCAUGGUUCUCAACAUGGAGGUGGCUGAUCCGGUGGCUGGUAGCUAACAGUGGUAACAAUGGCAACAGUGGUGACAGUGCUAACUCUGCAGUUACACCUCCAAAACACU